AGCUCUUCCAGUGCAUCCAGGAACAACAAGGCUGGGACUAACUGGGCUCUGGUUAUAAAUAAAAAAAUGAAUUUGAUGGUCAACAUUAAAAUCUGUAGCCAUCAUUUGAAAUGUCAUGUGGAUCAUUUGGAAAUUAUACUUUUUAUUUUUCACUUACCAUUUAAAAGUGUUUUACAGAUAAAUUGAGGUUUUGAAGGAGGUGACUGGAAGCGUUGGUGUCUUGGAACAUCAGCUGCUGUGCUUGUCUGAAAGUGAAAGAUGCUGAGUGCCCACAGUGGAACAGCUCUCCUGAGGAACACACCUCUGUAAACCUUCCCUAAAAAAUCACCCCAAGGCAAAUCUCCUGUGAUGGACCCUCGGAAUACUGCUAUGUUAGGCUUGGCUUCUGAUUCUGAAGGGUUUGCUGGGAAAAGCCCCUCUGUGGUAAACAUUGGCACCUUGCUGGGCAAAGGGGAGGCAGAGCUCGAAGGCUGCAGCAAGGAGGAGGAGGAGGGGAGGAAGAAGAGCAGGGAGGGGAGCGCCGAGAGCGGCAAGAGCGAGGCUCUGAGCGAUGCGCAGCAGCAGUUCUCGGUGAAAGAAACCAACUUCUCCGAGGGAAACCUCAAACUGAAGAUUGGCCUUCAAGCAAAGAGGACGAAAAAGCCUCCCAAGAACCUGGAGAAUUAUGUCUGCCGGCCUGCCAUAAAAACCAGCAUCAAGCAGCCAAGAAGGGCUCCCAAGAGCGGGAAGAUGACAGAGGAGAAGAGCGAGCACUGUCCUUCAAAGCAAGACCCUUCCAAGUCUUACAAGAAAGCUGGAGAAGUUGCAGCAGUUGAGUUACAUGUGGAAGAAGGUAUCGAAGUAGAAACAACCCCUUUAUCUAAGAAAGUUUCCCCAUUGCAUUCUGAAAUGACAGAUUAUAUAAAGUCAUCUCCUCCGACCCUUAUCAGUAGCCAUAAUUCUGAUUUAAAGGAUAGAACAGAAAUUAACGGAGCAACAACUGUCACAGAAAAAUUGGCUCAACUGAUUGCAACUUGUCCUCCUUCCAAGUCUUCCAAAACCAAGCAGAAGAAGCCUGGAAGUGGAAAUGGAGCUACAUCUGGUUUGGUGAAAGACUCUGGGAAGAAGCUGCCAGGAGCUAUAACUGCAAGUGGGUUGGUUAAUAAAGAUUUGGUGAAGAAACUGCCAGGCUCUGGGAUUGCUGUUGGGUUGGUGAACAAGGACUCAGGGAAGAAGCCAUUAGGGAUUGGCAGCGCAGCCAUACUGGUUAACAAAGACUCUGGGAAGAAGCCCCAAGCAAUCAGCCCCUUAAUUGGAUUGGUUAGCAAGGACUCUGGGAAGAGGCCUCCAGGGAUCAGCACUCCAACAGGGUUAGUCCACAAGGAUUCAGGAAAGAAGCAGCCAGUGACCAGCUCUGCAGUUGGGUUGAUCAGCAAAGACGUGGGGAGGAAACUUCCAGGGAUCAGCACUCCAGCUGCACUGCCCAGCAAGGAGCCUCUCAAGAAACCAGUAGGGAUCAGCAGUCCAGCAGGACUGGUUAACAAGGAUGCUGGGAAGAAGUUGUUGGGAAUAAAUAGUCCUACAGGUCUGCUUAACAAGGAUUCUGGAAGGAAGAUGCCAGGGAGUGGGAACAGCACAGCUCUGGUUAACAAAGACUCUGGGAGGAAGACGCCAGGGAUUGGCAGCCCCAUGGGACUGGUUAGCAAGGACCCUGGCAGGAAGAUGCCAGGAAUCAGCAGUCCUGUGGGAUUGGUUAGCAAGGACUGUGGGAAGAAGCCAGCAGGGAUUGGCAGCCCAGCUGGUUUGGCUACCAAGGACUCUGGAACUCUGAAAGCAGACUCCCUCGUGCCCUCCUCAGAGCCCUUUAAGCUUCCUUGCAAUUCAAACCUCAGUAGCCUUGAAAGCCACGAGCCUGCGGAUUUACUGAAGGAAAAUACUACCAGCAAAACCUUUGAGAAGCACAUCAUGAGACAGAGCAAAGAAAGCAUCUUGGACAAGUUUUCAAUUCGGAAAGAAAUUGCUGAUGUAGGCAAAGAGAUGUUCAGUGAAGGAAUGUGUGUUCCACAGGAUGCCUACUCAUCCAGUGAGAAAGGGAUUUAUGAAAUGUCUAAGCACGAGAAGCAGCCUCCAGUUUAUUGCACUUCACCAGACUUCAGGACAGGAGGUGCCUCGGAGGUGUCGACAGCCAAGUCCCCGUUCAGUGCAGUGGGAGAGGGGAAUCUCCCGUCUCCUUCCCCCACUGUGUCUGUCCCCACCCUGAACAGGAGCCUCUCCACAGCCUCCUCCCAGCUGGCAUCCAACUCGUUGCACUUAAGUUCCACGGCAGAGCUCUUGGAGGGCAUUUCAGAGCCCAUGGGCAAAACGCCCUUCUCCUCGGACAGCUCCCUGCUGAGUCUGAACAGGACAUUGAACCACACCCUCAGCACUGAUUUUAAAGGUGCUGAGAAAGACUUAAGUGAUUCAAAAGCAUCUUACGUGGAAACUUCAAGAACAAGUCCUCCCACGGGGAAAAAGCCCAUUUUGGCAGCUGAGACAAGCAUCCACGCUACUGUCACCCCUUCAGUAGUUAGUUUUACCAGCUUGUUUGGUAGCAAGCAGUUCCUCAAGAUCGGUGCAAUAGCUGCAUCUGAGAAAUCCUGCCAAGGAGCAAAAAACCUGAGCAGCACUCAGCAAUCAAAACCUUUAAAGAAAAGAAAAGGAAGGAAGCCACGAUGGACUAAAGUGGUGUCGAGAAGCACGUGCCGACCUCCAAAGGGUCUGGAACUGGAAAGGUCAGAGCUUUUUAAAAACAUUUCCUACAGUGCACUAUCGAGCAGUAAUUUGGAGCAGGCCAAAUUCCUGAAAAACAUGGGAUCAUCCUCGUUUGUGGAGCAUGAAUUUGUCAAACAUCAGUUGCCAAAGCUGAACGAAGCUAAUGGACAGUCUCUGGCACUGCUGGCUGAGACUGACAAGCAAACUCAGAAGUUCUACAGCGCUCACAAACAACCCUCCAGCUUGUGUAUGUCAGAUGAUUUCUUAACUGACAUAUACAAACCCAAGAGAGGAAGACCUAAAUCCAAGGAAAUGCCAGAACUCGAAGGUCCCCCCAAAAGAACUCUCAAGAUCCCAGCAUCAAAAGUCUUCUCAGUGCAGUCAAAAGAAGAGCAAGAACCUCCAAUUUUGCAGCCUGAAGUCGAAAUUCCCUCCCUAAAACAAAGCUUAUCAGGACAAGCUUUUCCUAAAAAGAGAGGAAGGCCUAAAAGGCAGAUCCGGUCAUCGAUAAAAAUGAAACCACCCAUUCUGUCUGUGGCACCUUUUGUUGGAACAGAGAACUCGAGCAAGAUGGGGCCUGAAAGUGAGCAGCAUCGGCCCGGGGAGUUCUUUGAGAGGAAGGACCAGCUCCGAGGGCCAGAAGAAGUCCAAAGCCCCAGUAUUUGUAGCAUGAGUGAUUUGGAAGUAGACUCAGACAGAAAAGUUGCCAAGAGAAAUAACGGACAGUUAAUGAAAACAAUUAUUCGAAAAAUAAAUAAAAUGAAAACCCUGAAGCGAAAGAAACUCCUGAAUCAGAUUCUGUCCAGUACAGUGGAACCAAAUACCAAAGGGAAGAUGCAAUCCAAGCUCCACAACACCGUGUCAACUCUUGCUGCCACGUUCGGUUCAAAACUAGGCCAGCAAAUCAACGUCAGCAAGAAAGGAACCAUUUACAUAGGAAAAAGGAGAGGGAGGAAACCUAAAGCUGUGCUGAAUGGCAUUUUAGCCAGCAGUGCUGCCAGCCUGACAGUUCUGGAGAAGUCUGCCCAGCAAGCUCCUGGUACAUCCCUAGGACAAGUCCUUCCCCACCUGCUGCCCUCGGCAGCGAGCCCCUCGGAGAUCCUGCCGUCGCCGGUGUGCUCGCAGUCCUCGGCCGUGAGCGGGGGGCAGAGCCCCGUGAGCAGCGACGCGGGCUUCAUCGAGCCCAGCUCGGUGCCCUACCUGCACCUGCACUCCAGGCAGGGCAGCGUGGUGCAGACCCUGGCCAUGAAGAAAGCAGCCAAGGGGAGGAGGAGGUUGUCCCCACCCACGCUGCUGCCCAACUCCCCGUCGCACCUGAGCGAGCUGACGUCGCUCAAAGAGGCCACGCCGUCGCCCGUGAGCGAGUCCCACAGCGAUGAGACCAUCCCCAGUGACAGUGGGAUAGGCACAGACAACAACAGCACCUCGGACCGAGCCGAGAAGUUCUGUGGGCAGAAGAAAAAGAGGCACUCGUUUGACCACGUGUCCCUCAUCCCGCCCGAGACUUCCACCGUGCUCGGCAACCUGAAGGAGAAGCACAAACACAAGUGCAAGCGCCGCAGCCACGAUUACCUCAGCUACGACAAGAUGAAGAGGCAGAAGAGAAAAAGGAAAAAGAAGUAUCCUCAGCUCCGAGGGAGGCAGGACCCUGAUUUCCUCGCCGAGCUAGAGGAGUUAAUAAGUCGGUUAAGUGAAAUUAGAAUAACCCACAGAAGUCACCAUUUUAUACCCCGAGAUUUGCUGCCUACCAUUUUUAGGAUAAAUUUCAAUAGUUUCUACACCCACCCUACUUUUCCUUUAGAUCCUUUGCACUACAUUAGAAAACCUGAUUUAAAGAAAAAGAGAGGCAGGCCUCCAAAAAUGCGGGAAGCUAUGGCAGAAAUGCCUUUCAUGCAUAGCCUGAGCUUCCCCCUGUCCAGCACCGGGUUCUACCCCUCCUAUGGCAUGCCUUACUCCCCUUCUCCCCUGGCAGCUGCUCCCAUAGGAUUAGGUUAUUAUGGAAGGUACCCUCCAACUCUUUACCCUCCUCCACCCUCUCCUUCUUUCACUACCCCCCUACCCCCACCUUCCUACAUGCAUACAGGCCACCUGCUUCUCAACCCCACCAAAUACCACAAGAAGAAGCAUAAACUCUUGCGCCAGGAAGCUUUCCUCACCACCAGCAGGACUCCUCUGCUGUCCAUGAGCACGUACCCCAGCGUCCCCCCCGAGAUGGCCUACGGCUGGAUGCUGGAACACAAGCACAGGCACCGCCACAAGCACCGGGAGCACCGCUCGUCCGAGCAGCCCCAGGUUUCCAUGGACACCAUCGCGGCCAACAGCUCCUCCAGAACGGUUCUGGAGUCCUUGAAGCGCUACAGGUUUGGGAAGGAGGCCGUUGGGGAUAGGUACAAACACAAAGAGAAACACAGAUGCCACAUGGCUUGUCCUCACCUGUCACCUUCCAAGGGUUUGCUGAGCAGAGACGAGCAGUGGGUCAGGAGAGAGCCUUCGGAGUCCAAUUCCUUGGCGCUGGGCUUGCAGACACCUCUGCAGAUAGACUGCUCUGAAAACUCCCCGGCUCUGUCCCUGGGGGGGUUCACUCCCAGCUCAGAGCCAGCCAGCAGCGACGAACACACAAACCUUUUCACAAGUGCAAUAGGCAGCUGCAGAGUCAGCAACUCUGCCAGCACCAACGGACGGAAAAAGUUACCCGAGAGCCCUGGGCUGUUCGGCGGGCAGGACACGGCGCUGGGCCGGCCCCUCCGCAAGGAGCCCCUGCCUUCUUCCCUGGAGAAGGCCCUGCAGCCACUGUCAGGCACUUUGCCAAGCCAGGAGAAGCCCUCCCAGAGGCAGUCAGAGAGCACAAACUGCAGCCCUUCCAGGAAGAGAUCCACAUCAGAGAGCACUUCUUCUCCAGGGGCGGCAGUGCCCGCGCGCGGCGCCCGCCUGGCCCCGGCGGCCGAGGACGCGGUGGACGCGCUGCUGCAGCGCAUGGCCCAGCAGGACGGGCCUCCCCCGCUGGACAAGAGCCUGGACGGCGCCACGGGCGGCCCGCCGUCGUCCAGCCCUGCGCGCAGCCGCUCGCGGGAGCGGGCGCUGGGCAAGCAGGACCCGCAGGACGCCAGCGGCGAGGGCGUCCCCCUGCUGCAGGAGCGCCUGCCCGGCAGCUACUCGCCCGGGCACCUCAAGAGGAGCGUGGUGGAGGCCAUGCAGAGGCAAGCGAGGAAAAUGUGCAAUUACAACAAAAUCCUGGCGACAAAAAAAAAUCUGGACCACGUCAACAAAAUCCUGAAAGCCAAAAAGCUGCAGAGGCAGUCGAGGACGGGGAACAACUUCGUGAAGCGGCGGCCGGGGCGGCCGCGCAAGUACCCGCUGCAGGCCGUGGUGUCCAUGCAGGCCCUGCAGGCCGCCAGGAUGGUGAGCCAGGAGCUGCAGGACAGGCAGCAGAGCAGCAGCCCCCUGCAGCUGGGGCCGGACACCAUCACCGACGUGAUCGAAGCCGUGGUGCAGAGCGUCAGCCUCGACCCCGAGCACCGCAAAGGCUGGAAGAGGAAGAGGUGGCUGCCCGAGGAGCAGGCCAGGAAGAGGCACAAGUCUUUGCCUGAGGAUGAGCAGGAGAGCAGUAAGAGUUUCUCAGAGACAGUAGCUGAACCUCCCAGUCCACAUGAGGCCCUUGGGAAACCACCUGAACCUGAAACCCCUGAGCAGCCUCUGCCUCCUCUAACCCAGCGUGAGAAGAAAGCCCCUCGACCCCCAAAGAAGAAAUACCAGAAAGCUGGGCUCUACUCUGAUGUCUACAAAACAACAGACCCCAAGAGCCGCCUGAUCCAGCUGAAGAAGGAGAAGCUGGAAUACACCCCAGGGGAGCACGAGCACGGGCUCUUCCCAGCCCCUAUCCACGUUGGGAAGUACCUCAGACAGAAGAGAAUCGACUUCCAGCUGCCUUACGACAUCCUCUGGCAGUGGAAACACAACCAGUUGUAUAAAAAGCCAGAUGUCCCACUUUAUAAAAAAAUCCGUUCCAAUGUCUAUGUGGAUGUCAAACCUCUCUCUGGCUACGAGGCCACCACCUGCAAUUGUAAGAAGCCAGAGGAUGACAGUGGGAAGGGCUGUGUGGAGGAUUGCCUGAACAGGUUAGAAAUGGAUUGUUUCUCAUCAUCUCCUGGGAGCAGACUCGUGCUGGGUGCACCCCUGCAGCAGAGGCAUCAGCACAGGGAGGCAAAUUCCCAGUUGGACCCUCCUGGAGCAGCUCUGGCUCCCCCACAUUAUGUCUAUGUGGAUGUCAAACCUCUCUCUGGCUACGAGGCCACCACCUGCAAUUGUAAGAAGCCAGAGGAUGACACCAAGACAAAAACCCUCUCUGAGAUGUGCUCUCCCUGUGCCACUCCCUGUGUGCUGUGUGGGGACAGGCAGAAUGACAAGAUUAACCCUUUGUUGCCCCGCAGGAACAGGAUGAUUGAGCAGUACCACAACCACAGUGACCAUUACUGCCUGAACCUGGACAGCGGCAUGGUCAUCGACAGCUACCGCAUGGGCAACGAGGCUCGCUUCAUCAACCACAGCUGCAACCCCAACUGUGAGAUGCAGAAAUGGUCUGUGAAUGGUGUGUAUAGGAUUGGGCUGUAUGCACUGAAGGACAUGCCUGCUGGGACUGAGCUCACCUAUGACUACAACUUCCACUCAUUUAAUGUUGAAAAACAGCAACUCUGCAAAUGUGGCUUUGACAAAUGCAGAGGAAUUAUUGGGGGUAAAAGUCAACGCAUGAAUGGACUCUCAAGCAAAAGCAACCAGCCUGUGAGCACCCACAGAAGACCUGGGAGGUCGAAAGAGAAGAGGAAGUCAAAGCACAAACUAAAGAAGAGAAGGGGCCACAUCCCUGAGGAACCCAGUGAAAGUGUGAAUGCCCCAACCAGGCUGACACCUCAGCUACAGAUGAAGCCCAUGUCCAACAGGGAAAGGAAUUUUGUGCUGAAACACCACGUGUUCUUGGUGCGGAACUGGGAGAAGAUCAGGCAGAAGCAGGAGGAGGUGAAGCACGUCAGUGACAGCAUGCACAGCUCGUCGCUGUACACGCGCUGGAACGGGAUCUGCCGCGACGAUGGCAACAUCAAAUCAGAUGUGUUCAUGACCCAGUUCUCGGCGCUGCAGACGUCACGCUCGGUGCGGACGCGGCGCUUGGCGGCGGCCGAGGAGAACCUGGAGGUGGCUCGUGCCGCCCGCCUGGCUCAGAUCUUCAAGGAGAUAUGUGACAGCAUCAUAGCCUACAAAGACUCCUCCAGGCAGGCGCUGGCAGCUCCUCUCCUGAACCUGCCCCCAAAGAAAAAAAAUGCAGACUAUUAUGAAAAGAUCUCUGACCCCUUGGACCUCGCCACGAUUGAGAAGCAGAUCCUGACUGGUUACUACAAAACUGUGGAAGCUUUUGAUGGGGACAUGCUGAAGGUCUUCAGGAAUGCAGAGAAAUACUAUGGCAGGAAGUCCCCGACGGGGCGGGACGUGUGCCGGCUGCGCAAGGCCUACUACAACGCGCGGCACGAGGCCUCGGCGCAGAUCGACGAGAUCGUGGGCGAGACGGCGAGCGAGGCCGACAGCAGCGAGACCUCGGUGUGCGACAAGGACAACGGGCACGAGAAGGACGAGGACGUCAUCCGCUGCAUCUGCGGCCUCUACAAGGACGAGGGGCUCAUGAUCCAGUGUGAAAAGUGCAUGGUGUGGCAGCACUGUGACUGCAUGGGUGUGAACUCGGACGUUGAGCACUACCUGUGUGAGCAGUGUGAACCUCGAGCUGUGAACAGGGAGGUUCCCAUGAUCCCUCGGCCCCACUAUGCCCAGCCUGGCUGUGUUUAUUACAUCUGCCUCUUGAGGGAUGAUCUGCUGCUCCGCCAAGGUGACUGUGUGUACCUGAUGAGAGACAGCCGCAGGACCCCCGACGGGCACCCGGUGCGGCAAUCCUACCGGCUGCUGUCCCACAUCAACCGCGACAAGCUCGACAUCUUCCGCAUCGAGAAACUCUGGAAAAACGAGAAGGAGGAGCGCUUUGCCUUUGGCCACCACUAUUUCCGUCCACACGAAACGCACCAUUCCCCGUCUCGGAAGUUCUACCACAACGAGCUCUUCCGGGUGCCCCUGUAUGAAAUCAUCCCCCUGGAGGCCGUGGUGGGGACCUGCUGUGUGCUAGACCUCUACACCUACUGCAAAGGGAGGCCGAAGGGUGUGAAGGAGCAGGAUGUUUACAUCUGUGAUUACCGCCUGGAUAAAUCAGCUCACCUCUUCUACAAGAUCCACCGCAACCGCUACCCCGUGUGCACCAAGCCCUACGCCUUCGACCACUUCCCCAAGAAACUCACUCCCAAGAGGGAUUUCUCACCUCAUUAUGUGCCAGACAACUACAAGAGGAAUGGAGGCAGGUCAUCCUGGAAAUCGGAUCGCUCGAAACCACAGAUCAAAGACUUAAACCAAGAGGAAGAUUCCCUGCCCCUGAUGGAGGAGGUGCUGGGGGCCCCUGAGCAGGCUCCAGGGGAGCUGCCCAGCCCCGAGGAGCCCAACAAGGAGCCCGUGCCCAGCGAGAGCUGCGAGGCUGACAAGAAGGGGGACGAGAACCCCUCGGACACGAGGCCGCUCUGCAGCCCCGAGGAGCGGCGGCACCUCCAGAGGGAGAGGCUCAACCAGAUCCUGCUCAACCUCCUAGAGAAAAUCCCAGGGAAAAACGCCAUCGAUGUCACCUACCUACUGGAGGAGGGCUCGGGCCGGAAGCUGCGGCGCCGCACGCUGAGCAUCCCCGAGAGCAGCUUCAGGAAGUGAGCCAGGAGGGGCAGCCGAGCUCUGGGCUCUGUCUGGGCUGGGGCACAGCAGCAAACUGACAAAAUACAAACAGUAGCACCUGGGGGGCCGGGCUGGCACGGUGCCCACCCUGCUCUGCAGUGCUCUUGGUGUGUGUGUUGGUGGGCGUGCCUUGUAUUGAUGUUAGGUACUGAGGAAACCUCGUGGUUAUUGUCCAGGAUGGUCAAAUUUAAUUUAUUUUUGCUUGAUAUUCCCACUCAGAGGAGAAAAAACACCCAAAAAAAAAAUUAAAAAAAAAUAAUAAUAAUAGGAAGGGCAGAGGAAAAGGACUGAGUUACUCUGAGGAGGAUGUUCCCCACGGUCACUGCUAACCUGGCAUUGUCCCAGCCACCCUCAGCACCGCCAGGGAAGGGAAUCCAGGAAUCCAGAGGGGAGAGCAAAGGCCCAGUGGCUUUAAAGAAAAAGCUGCCCUGAAGCUGAGGCCUCUGAUUUGCACAAGUUCCAGAAGAGAGGAGUCCCCAGCCGAGCGCGAGGGUCGCCGUGGGACAGCUGAGCAGCGUCCCUGUGGUCUGUGCCAAGGAGAAGCUUCCAGAGGCCCUUGGAGCAGGGCAGGAGCGCGGGGAGGAGGCACUUGCUGUGUGGGGGGAGGGUGUGGGCUGUGAGUUUUUUUUCACUUUUUUUCUGCAGAGAAAUUUUAUAAAAGCGAAGUCAGCUCCUGACGCCACCAUUGCUGUUGGUUUUUUUGAUAAGCUGUGGUUCUCGUGUGUCUCGUGUGUUGUGCAAAUAAAAAAAUCCGUUAAAACAAAAAAAAA